AUGCAGGACGCCUGGACUGCUCGCAAAGCUGAGGAGAUCCAAGGGUACGCGGACCGCAACGAAUGGAAGAACUUCUUCUCUGCGAUCAAAGCUGUCUACGGUCCGCCGACGAAGGGCACUGCUCCUCUCCUCAACGCCGACGGCAACACUCUCCUGACUGAGAAGACGCAAAUGCUGCAGCGAUGGGCCGAGCAUUUUCGAGGCGUCCUCAACCGCCCUUCCGCCAUCUCUGACGCCGCCAUCGAGCGUUUGCCGCAAGUGGAGACCAACGUGGACCUCGACCUCCCGCCAUCUCUCCAGGAAACGAUCAGGGCCGUGCAGCAGCUCUCCAGCGGGAAAGCACCUGGAUCGGACGCGAUCCCUGCUGAGGUCUACAAGCACGGGGGUCCCCAACUAAUGGAUCACCUGACUGCGCUCUUCCAGGAGAUGUGGCGUCAAGGUGAAGUCCCGCAAAGACGCAACCAUCGUGCAUCUCUACAAGCGCAAAGGGAAUCGCCAAGUCUGCGACAAUCACCGCGGCAUCUCCCUACUGAACAUCGCCGGGAAGAUCUUCGCUCGCAUCCUGCUCAACCGCCUCAAUAA